UCUUCCUUUUCUAUUUGAUUAUCGCUGUCGCUCCCGACUGCUCGAGCCAUGUUCUCGUGGUAUUUCCUCCUGUAUGACAAUCCGAGAGGUGCAUCUGGACUCCCCGUUCAUACACCCGCCAUCAUCAGCCGUUUAAGUAUUGUCUCGGUGCCAUCGUCGUCUGUCCUACGCCACCACGUCUUUGCUGGCUCUCGUCUAGUCGAACAAGGCAUCUUGCACAGGCGUCACUCAUCGCGAUUCCCGUAUCAACGGCACAUACUUGAUCGCCUGCUGUCUCAUUCAGCGACCGCGUGAGACAGACACGGCUGGAGGAUCCGCGCCGGAUUCCCGCUCGUGGUGCCACGCCGCCGCCACCCACUUCUAGGCGGGAAUUCCUCGUCAUCUUCCACCGGUGAUAUUCUCGAACUUUUCGGCGCAUCGCCAAUAACACAUUGUCACUCUGAUAUCCUAUGCAAAGCCGUCUGUAAACCUCAGUAUCUCGUCCCGACUGUCAGCAUCUUAGUGACGAACAGCAUGCACGCCUUGCGGCCGUAAGAGAGACAAAAAGAGUGACCAGCACACCAGCCAGCGUCUCUGCUGCACCGUCGCCUCUGCUCGUCAUGGUACGGCCUGACCACGACUGCGCCGGCUUCAAACCGCCAAAAAGCACGCCUCACGGCCAACCUGUUGUCCUCGACGUGGAGAAGAUCGACCGCCCCAGCUCCGUCGAUACCUCAAUGGAUCCGAUUACGCCAGCCGAUCAUAUCGGUCCGGGCCGCUUCUCGCUGUCUGGCGCCGGCCACAUCUCGCUUGAUGAUGUCGAGUCCGUUGACGUCCAGAUCCGCAACUUGGCCGUCACUGUUGACACCUCGCCCUCAUGGCUCGACCCUGCAACCUAUCCGGAGUUGGCAAAGGCCAAAUUUAACCCAAAAUCGAGCUCCAAGACUCUCUUGCACCAUGUCGACGCUUCCUUGCGGCCCGGAACACUAACAGCCAUCAUUGGCGGCAGCGGGUCCGGGAAGACGACACUGCUGAACACCAUGUCGGAACGCAUGAUCAGCGCCCGUCUGGCCCAGGGCGGCUCCAUCACCUUCAACGGCAACGAGGGCGUUCACAAUGCGCGGCAUGCCUACGUCAUGCAGCAGGACAUUCUCCUCCCCACUCUGACUGUGCGAGAAACGCUGCGGUAUUCUGCCGACCUGAGGUUGCCGCCGCCCACGACAGCGGAGGAACGAAUGCGUAUUGUCGAGGAGGUCAUUCUCGAACUGGGACUAAAGGAAUGCGCCAACACAAGGAUAGGGAACAGUCAGCACCGAGGGUGCUCCGGCGGCGAGAAGAGGAGGGUCAGCAUCGGCGUUCAGCUGCUGGCGAAUCCGUCGGUUCUGUUUCUUGACGAACCGACAACCGGCCUGGACGCGACGAGUGCCUUCCAGCUUGUACGCACGCUGAAGAGGCUGGCGACCAAGGGCAGGACGGUCAUCACGACCAUACACCAGCCGCGGUCGGAGAUUUGGGAUCUCUUUGACAACCUCAUCAUUCUCACCAAGGGAAGCCCCGUGUACUCGGGCCCGGCCAGCGACUGUGUGCCGUGGUUCGAGGCCAUGGGCUUCAGGUUGCCGCCGUUCGUCAACCCGGCCGAGUUCCUCAUCGACGUCGCCGCCAUCGACAACCGCACGCCCGAGCUUGAGGAAGAGACAGCGGCGCGGGUCAACCAACUCAAGACUGCGUGGGUUCACGAAAGUGGCAAGAGGUUUGAACCGUCAGAGAAGGCCGUCCAGACCUUGUCAAGACGGGGGCGAGGCGCAAAAUCCGAGACCAACAAGCACGCCACAUACGGCCGACAGAUCCGAGUCCUGACUGACAGGACGUUCAAAGUCACGUACCGUGACCCGAUGGGCAUGUUAGCGUCCAUUGUCGAGGCUAUCCUCAUGUCUGUCGUGACGGGAUACAUCUUUUACGACUUGCCGAAAGACCUCUCUGGCAUUCGGUCCCGGCAGGGCGCCCUCUACACCGCCACGGGUCUCCAGGGAUAUCUGACGCUCAUGUUUGAGGUCUACCGGCUUACCGUCGACAUCCCGACCUUUGAUCGCGAGCACAGCGAAUCCUGCGUUGACGCAGUCCCGUUUCUCCUCUCCCGUCGCCUGGCCCGCCUGUUCACCGAAGACCUACCCGUCCCAUUUCUGUUCUCCGUCAUCUUUUACUUCAUGGGCGGCUUCGAAGCGGACGCCAGCCAGUUCUUUAUUUUCUUCGCCAUCACGCUGAUCACCCACUACAUCUCCGUCACCUGCGCGAUAACCUGCGUUGCGGCAUCGAGGAACUUUCCAGGUGCGAGUCUCAUUGCGAACAUGGUCUUCACUCUGCAGAGCAUGGCUUGCGGCAUGUUCAUCCAGGCGAAUUCUAUCCCAAUCUACGUGCGCUGGCUGAAGUGGAUCACAUAUUCGUUCUACUCCUUUGGUGCCUACUGCGGCAACGAGUUUGAAGGAAGCUUCUAUGACUGCCCGCUCGAAGGCGGUAUAUCGAACCCGGAGUGCGUACAGUAUACCGGCCGCUUCGUGAUGAAUUCCCUCGGCUUCCCGGACAACUGGAUCUGGAGGCCCAUUGUCGUCUUGGUGGCCUUUGUCGUCUUCUUCUGCGCAUUGUCGGCCGUCGGGCUUCAAUACAUCAAGCAGGAGAUGACAAUUGCGCGGGCGAGGAACUCGGACACGGAUCUAUCGGCCGGAAAGGAGAAGAUGAAGGCGCGGUCCAUCUCCGAGGUGCGCACUAUCGACGUGGGACUGGAUGACUUUGCACUGUCACUGGACAAGCGGGCGCCCUCGGGAAAGAAGAUGCCGACCAAGACGAUCCUCAACCCCGUCAACACAACAUUCCAUGCGGGCAAGCUGAACAUCAUCAUGGGGCCGUCCGGAAGCGGCAAGACGUCGCUCCUCAACGCCAUGGCUCUGCGACUCCACAACAGCAUCAGCACGCGAUACCUCCCGUUCGGGAAGCUCACCUUCAACGGCGCCUUGCCGUCGAACUCGGUCGUCCGAUCCAUGUGCUCGUACGUUUGUCAAGAUGACGACGCACUUCUGCCGUCGCUCACUGUGCGCGAGACACUUAGGUUCUCGGCCGGACUGCGGCUGCCGUCCCACAUGAGCAAAGAUGAGAAGCACGGACGGGCCGAAGAGGUUCUGUUGAAGAUGGGCCUCAAGGACUGCGCAGACAACCUGGUCGGGAACGAACUUGUCAAGGGCAUCUCGGGAGGCGAGAAGCGACGAGUCACCAUCGCCGUGCAGCUCCUCAGCGACCCGCGCGUCCUGCUGCUCGAUGAGCCGACCAGCGGCCUCGACGCGUUUACGGCGAAUUCCAUCAUGGAGGUGCUGCAGGGUCUCGCCAACGAGGGCCGCACGCUCAUCCUGACAAUCCACCAAGCGCGCUCCGAUCUAUUCAAGCACUUCGGCAACGUGCUGCUUCUCGCCCGAGGCGGCUCCCCCGCCUACGCCGGGCCGGCCGGGGCCAUGCUGGCCUACUUCCAGCGGCAGGGAUUCGAAUGUCCCACGCACAGCAACCCGGCCGACUUCGCGCUCGACCUCAUCACGAUCGACCUGCAGCACGAGACGAGGGAGGCCGAGAGCCGCGAGAAGGUCAGGAAGCUGGUGGAAGCGUGGCAGAGAGAGAUCGAGACAGCGCCGCACGAGACCACAGACGAAAAGACUGGCACUGGUCGGCUGUCCGGUAUCGAAGAGGAGGAAGCGAGCAUCCGACAGACCGAGACCAUAGCAGGGGCGCCGCCGCCAGCAGCCCAGGACGCAAUCGCGAGAAUGUCGAGCGAGCGUCCCGGCGUCGUGGCAGGCCCACGCAAGUCCUUCAAUAAGGCGAACCUCGCGACGCCAGCCGAGCUGGGCGCCCUCGUCCGCAAGCGCGCGUCCUUCGUCACGGCGUUCCCGCUCCUCCUCCACCGCGGCCUUAUAAACUUCCGUCGGCAGCCGCCGUUGCUCCUCGCGCGCAUCAUGCAGGUGGUGGGCCUCGGCGCUGUCCUCGCGCUGUUCUUCUCGCCGCUCAAGAACGACUUCUACUCUGUGCAGAACCGCAUGGGCUUCGUGCAAGAGGUCGGGGCUUUUUACUUCGUAGGCAUGCUGCAGAACGUGGCCGUGUACCCGGCGGAGCGUGACGUCUUCUACCGCGAGGACGACGACGGCGUGUACAGCGUCGAGGCGUUCCUGGCGGCGUACUCGGUGCUUGAGCUGCCGUUCGAGAUCAUCAGCUGCCUCGUCUUCGGGGUGCUGGCGAACCUGGCGGUGGGGUUCCCGCGGACGGCGCCCAUGUACUUCGUGUGCGUUUUCUCGUGCUUCGGAGUGGUUUCGUGCGGUGAGUCGGUGGGCAUCAUGUUCAACACGCUCUUCAACCACACGGGCUUCGCCGUCAACCUCACGUCGGUCAUCAUGUCGGUGGCCAACACGAUGGCCGGUAUCCUGUCCAUCGACAUGCCGCAGCUGUUCAAGAUCUUCAACUACCUGUCGCCGAUCAGGUACGCGACGCGGGCGCUGGCGCCGUACAGCCUCGAGUCGGUGACGUUUACGUGCACCGACGCGCAGAGGCUGCCGGACGGGCGGUGCCCCGUCGAGACGGGCGAGGAUGUGCUGAACCUGUACAAGUUCAACGUGGAUCCGAACGUGAACAUGGCGGCUCUGGCGGGGUGCGUCGUCGUCUACCGGCUCGUCGCGUGGGCGCUGUUGCGAGGCGUGCGGACGCGAUUGGACGGCGCGAAGAAGAGGAAGUAGAUAGGGAGGGUGACUGACUGACUGACUGACUGACCGACUGCUGAGUUGGUGGGCGCGAGAAUGAAAGCGCUUAUAUGUGCGUGUGGUCUCUUGACUCUGAUUUCUGACAUUCCCAUACAUGAGAGCAUUUCUGGCGUUCAAGCAAGCGGACCGAGCCAUUGUCGGGUAUCUUCAAUUCCGUCUGCACGCGUUAGAUAGAUAGACGGUUAUCGUUUGUCGUAUCUCCGUUCUUUAAUCACCUCUAUCAUCC